GAGCCAAGAUAAACUCCCAAGAGAGCCAAGGCAGGUCAAGGGGGGCGGCGGGAUUGAAACAUGUUUAAUUUCACCACGAGCCUCCACAAAGCUUGGGCCUUCUCAUGCAGAUGGCGUGAUUGGUGACCAGGAAUUUUGCAGGUGUUUUGUGCACACGCUGCAAGGUGAAUUGACGAUGGCCAUCAAUAUCUGGGGUAAAAAUGCGGAGAACCCGAGAAGUUCUCUCAAGGCAUGGCAAUCGGAUGGGCCAACUAGGUUGUCCAUAAGGGGAGCAAGGAAGCCAGAGGCGUCAAUAGCAGUUGUUCCCCUUAUCUUGGAAAUGAGACACCGGGCACUACGCUUCGGUAUGGUGUAGCCGAAACUGCCCAUUGUGGUACUUUUUCCAGCCCAAAUUAAGCCGGUUUCUCAGGGUGUUUUGGAUGGUUGCAUGGUUCUGGACAUCCCGUGCGAGAACGGACGAUUUUCCCCACAAAUGUAAAAGUUCUCCAAAAAACAUACGACCGUCCAAGCGCAGUGACGAUUGCAAGAAACCAGGCUCGCAACCAUAUGAUGCAUUCCCUGUUAGAAGGGACCGUCGAGAAGUGCGCAGGGACCAAAGCCGAAAAGAAAGGCCAAGGAGCCACCAAAUCUCCAUGCAUUCUAGAAAUGAAUGGGAUCAGAACCCCCUAGUCCAUGGCAACACCCCGGGUUUUUGUUACGAACCCCAGACACCAAAACUGACUUUUGCCGCAAUCGAAUUAGGUAAUAUUUCUGCGUUGCUGGUUUGCUACCCGUUCGUUUGCCUCGGCUGCCUCAAGAGGCUCUGAACGCCAUUGCUGACAUCUCUUGGCUGGCCACCGGCUUUUACGCAGAGCCAGCAGGUAUGGAUGCAUGUACGCACGUAGAUGUACGUUCAUACAUACCUAGAUAACAUACAUAUAGAUACAACGCGUGUGUGGAGUAAACAGACACGGAGCCUUCAAAAGUGCCUAAACUCGGGGAUCCGAACCGAAUGCUCGGUCGGGGUGGGGUGAAGCGGCUAGUCUGACUACCCGAGCAGACCGAACGGAUCGGAUCGGGAACGGGGAAUUAUUAUUUUGGGCGUGGAGUGAAGGGAGUGUAUGGAAAUGAAUUUUGGGCAUCGCAGGAGUGGGCUGUAUUUCGCGCACCAAUUCAUCUCGACUGAAUCUUGAUACUGUUGUCGGUGUUGG